AGCAAUUUUGAAUCGCACGUGAUAACUGUGGUGCGUCCUUUUUGUCUUCUGUUGUUGCUGCCGGACGGUAUCAUCCAGCGUUGUUUGUGCCGUUGACUGCCUCUUAACACACACGAUUGAAGUCAGUGCCGACGACCACCAUAAUAUUAAUUUACAGCGCUUGUGUCGUCUCGAUUGUUCGCCUCAUUUAAAAUCGAUGUUUCGCGCCAAUAAGGCGUGGCUUGUCCUGACACCACGGCAGGCACUGCGUGUUCUUUCCCUCUCUCCCGCGGCAGAUCUCACCCCCGCCUCCAUUAAGAAGGCCUACAUCCAGCAAACACUGCAGUGCCACCCCGACCUACACCCAAACGACCCGAAUGCGAACGACAACUUCCGCAACCUGUCCGAUGCGUUUCGCAUUGCGCUGAAGACGUUGGAGCUGCAGCGAGGCGGCGGCGGCGCGUCCCGUGGGCAAAGAAACACAGACGGCCGAGGGGGUCUGUCCGACGACGACCUAUACGACCCGCAAGCCGCGCUCGAGUCGCUGCGGCAGGCAAUGUGGGCCUACCGCUCUCACCAGCAGCUGAGCGCCACCGCCGCCUCAGCCUCACCAGCCGGCACCGCCACACGCGCUUCUCCUCAUCCUUCCCUCGACGCGACGCAUGACGCGGCAGGAGGCGCCUUCGACACACCCACUUUGGAAGACGUCUCAUCUGUCUGCCAGCGCGAGGCCGUGGCGAUGCGGCGGGUGUACACCUUCUGCGCUGAUCUGCCAGCGGUGUUGUGCGGCAGCCACUCUGCCGCCCUCUUCGAGGCCGUCGCCUUCUUCCACACGCGCUACGUCGAGUCCAUGUCUGCGUGUGUCAUGCGGUUUGCCCAGAAUUUGCCGAUCUUGGUCCGUCGUGUUGUGAAGAACCGCCGCAGGUACGUGAACAACAAGUCGACCGCGGUGGUCCAAGGCAUCGGGACCGGCGCGCGACCGCUCAAGCGGCAGCGCAUCGAGGACAUGGCGAUGAAGCCGCUCGUGCUCAUGGGGGCCCUUAUCUUUGACCUGCCGGAAGGCUCCGUUGAGAAUUCGGCACGAGACGAUGGCUCGCAGACGAGCGGGAGACUUGACAAAAGUAGUCCUAACAGCAGCAGCACGUGCGGCGUGUCGCAGCCGUCCGACAUCCGAGUCACCAGCGAGUUGAAGUGUGUCGUGUACCCUGCCGACAGCAUCGUCGACAUCACGGCGAAGCUUGGGAAGUGGGAGGCGGCCAGCUUUGAGCGGCUCAAAGUUGAGCUCGCCAUCGUGGAUGUCAACCGCCUCCUUUCCGGGCUGCUCGGUCUGCAGGAGGAAGAGGCGCCCACCCAGUCCAGCUCGCACCUGUCGGUGAUGCCGCACCUGGCGGAGACACGCGCGGCAACGGAGAUGGUACUUCGUACGCUGCAGAGAAUUGCCACGGAUCUGUGCUACCACUUCGACCCCGACCUCGAUGCCACGGUCACCGAAGAUGUAAUAGCGGCGCUCCGCCUGCACGACACACCCGACACGCGGUCCAGCCAGCAAGACGACGCCGCGGCGGCGCUGCUGGAGCUGCCGGAGUUGGUGGCCCAGUGUCGCCGACUUGCCGCGCUGGCCCGCCCGACCAUGCGCGGCAGCACCAUUCUCACGUGGAGGUCGGAGGAGACGGAAGAGCUGGUGCAGGACGCAGCUGAGCUCGCGGAGGCGGCGACCGUAGCGGGAGAUGAGAAAGAGAAGCAACAGCAACAGGACCAGCGAGGAGGAAAGAAGAUGAAUGACUUCCCCAAGUUUUCGGUUGGCCGUCACCCGACGUGCUCCACCGCCGAGACCCUCUUCUUCUCCGUCUCGGUGGUGCUCACCAAGGAUCUACGCGCCUUCCUCCUCCGUCUACGGGGCGCCCUGAAGCAGACGAUCCAAGCCACCAACGAGUCGAAGGGUGUUCUCUUUGAACUUCUCCCGCUGCGGGAGGCAACCCUCAAGGAGGAGUACAUCGCGCUCCCCGUGACAGCAGCGGACGCAGGCGCCGACAGCGCCGAUUCGCCGUAUCGCUACCGCGGACCCAUUCACUGCUUCCCGCGUGUGCGCAACAUGGAAACGAAGCGGGAGUACGAGCUUUGGAAGCAUCUGUACGCGCAUCGCGAGUACAUCGCCCAGCACGCCUCCACAAUGAACCCCAUCAACGUCUUCUACGAAUGCUUCCCGUACGACCCAGAGUCGCCGGAGUGCCACCCACCGGCUGCGGGCGCGCCCGCCAACGUUCUCGCUGGAUGGGUGAGCGGCGGCGCCGACGGCUGCGACAACGUCGUCAUCACGGCGCAGCAGCUGGACGAUCCGGUGCACUUCAAGGAGUGGUUGGAGGAGGUGGUUGCGCAGUCGUCGCUGAACCGCGAGGCGGAGGAAGUCCUUGCGAGGGCCGGCGUUGGCUACGUCAGCCGCGACCCGGCACUGCCACUCGCCAACUUUCUCUCCUUCGCAAAGGUGUACGUGCAAUCUCUAGCGGUGCGUGGCGUGCUGGAGCGGCGGGGCGGCAGCACGUCUGCCACCGGCGGCACGGUGACACCAGACGACAUCGGCUUGAGCAUCACAGUGUCGCCCUCCCGCUGCGACGUCCGCGAUGGCGGUCGUCUCUUCCUUCCGUGGUACGUGGACCCGUCCAUCCUGCUGGCCCUCCUUGGCGAGCACACGUCGCAGCACCAGCUGCACGACUAG